CUUGAUAUUCUUAGACAAUUCUGUAGCGGCGGUCUUUGGGCCCGAUUCAAAACUUACAAUUUGUGAGGGAUAUACCCCAUCCAUAUAUCAAGCAUCACUACAAAUUAUCUAAUGGGAGCUCACACGGCGGUAUUAGCGCAUGUCUUCCCAUGCAUAUUCAAUUAUAAUGAUCUACCAAAAUAAUUCAGGACUUACAAACACCCAUAUGUGCCUAUGCGGACGUCCCACGAGGCAAACAUCAAUUGCGAUAUUUCCUAUUCCGCGUUUUACUCAUUUUUCAUCAGAGCCACAAAGAUGCAAAAAAAGGCAAGUACAGCCUAUUGAAGAUAAACUCAGGAUUUUAGCACAGCUUCCAAUUGAAAAAGCCGAAAGAAAAUCAGGCUCAAUAUUAAGUUCAAUUUUAGAUUUGUGGGCUCCUUGAAAAGUAUUUAAGAGUCAAGUUCCAGUUUACUUCAAUAAAAAGCACUCUCCGGGCCGAAACUGACAAACAAACUCUCGAUGCAAGCAUCCGUUAUUUUGCUUAUAUUCUUCUCACUUUCUCUGGUGAGCUGUGAAGCUGAAGACACAGAAGCCCCGAACUUGACAAAGUUUAGAGAUCUUACUUUCUUCAAUAACUUAGUUCAUUUCAUUGGGGAGACUGCGCCUGAUUCCGAAUCGGGCCUGGAGUGUGACAAUAACUCUGACUGUGCUCAUAAGUCAGGCUCGGGCAAAAAGUCGGAAUAUUUAUUUACUCCAGGGCGCGUUCAUGUCCCAGUUUCAGGGACAAAACAAGAUACUUGCCAAAAUCCAGGAUGUUCUCACAACCCUUUCCCUGGGUAUGCACAAACUCCAAGCUUCGUCCAGGCCCCGGGAUAUGCCCCAAACUUGGGCUAUCCUCAAAACCCUGGGUAUCCUCAGAUCCCAAACUAUCCCAAUUAUCCAGGCUAUCCACAGUCUCCAGGUUAUCCUCCAAGCUUAGGAUAUCCUCAACAGCCAAAUUAUGUUCAAUCACCAAAUUAUGGUCCAAAGCCCGCGUAUCCUCAUGGCUCAGAGUACAAUCAAAAUCCCGCUGAUGCGCCACAGCAGACACAGCCGCUUUCGCCACAAGAACGGGAACGCCGACCAAACCAUAUGCUUCCAGCUCCAGAUGAAAGAAAUAGUCUCUCAAGUGGGCCCGGAUCUCAAAGGAGAAGAACGGGGGCAAACGAGAAUAAACUACUCGAAAGUCGUCUCAAUGGUCGUGAGGGUCAAGGAAAAAGAACCGGGGCCUCAAGAAACAAGGUGCUUCAAACAAACGCAGGAGAAAAUGCAGGCCUUUCAUCAACGGGAGUUGAUAUAGAAGUUGGCAGGGGGAAGAAAAUCUCGUACGACACGGAAUUUUCGCUCAGUCUCAAAUGGAGACCUGCAAAGACAGCCAAAAGUAUCAAAAAAAUGUUUUUAUACUUACCAAGAAGAUUAGAGCAAACGGCUUAUGAGCUGUGGGGAAAUCUCCGGAGUGGCUCUUCUAAAGCAUACGGAGUGGUUCGGGAUCUGAUGAAAGGCAGUUUACCGGAAACCAUUCAGCUACCAUAUGAUUCAAGCGGAGAACGCAAUGCGGAUUGUGAAGACGACAGUUGUGACAAUUUGCCCUCAAAUUCUCUCCGAGAAAAUAUCGGCGGCAGUACUGAAGAUGAAAGAGGACCGAUUAGAGGGUCGGUCCCGAGGGAAAGAGCCAUUUCACCAACUGAAGAAUUUUAUGGUGAAGCUGAUGCACUAUCCGAAAGUGAUAGUGACAGCAGCGGAAGUGACACCGAAUGUGAUACAGACGAUGAUAAUGGGAGCGAAAGUGAUUGGUCAUUUGAAGAAGCUUGGGGACACGACUCAUCUCCUAACAAGCAUCAAAAUUCAAUAGAUAACAGCCCAUAUUUUGUUCGACUCAGCUCGCUUGAUCCUGAGAUCAAGAAUAUUGAACCCGUUCCCGAAAUAUUAAACGAACAAGAGAAUGGCGCACUGGAAAAUUCACAGCAUGAAAACGUUGAGAAUCUGGCUGAAUCUACAGACAGAUCAGAAGUUGAUUAUAUCGACAAAUUACUUGGGGAUGAGGCUAUGAGUACGAAUGAUACCAUUAAUGAGAAUAGUUCCACAGGCACAGAAGAGUCCAUCAAUACAGAUGAAUCCGUCAAUACAGAUGAAUCCGUCAAUACAGAUGAAGCCGUCAAUACAGAUGAAUCCGUCAAUACAGAUGAUUCUACAAAUGCGGAUAGAUAUAUGAAUAGGGAUAAGUCGAACCCAAAGGUGAGAGAAGGUUCGGCUAACACUAAUGAUCUGAGCACGAGAAACGUGAACAAGUCUUUUUCAGAGAUUGAUGAUGAUUUUCAGCGAAUUGAUGAUCCGAACCCUCCAGAUGUGACUACGAGACAUAAAUCUAGGAUUUCUCGUCAUAUGAGGAAGAGACGCAAACCUACUUACGUACUUGUUGAUUCCGAAAUCUUGGUUAACAUGGUCUGCCCUCACAUGCUAAGCGACUUCAGGAGCUCGCCUCAGCAAUAUGGCAAAAAGAUGGUGGUAUCAGUGAAAGUGAGAAACACAACUGACACAACUCUGGCUGAACAAAAGGACGCGCCUCGCUUUUUUCCUGGGGAUAAUGUAUCGAAAGCCUCCAUGCUCACUAAGGAAUCCAUCACGCUUGGGAUCUGUCUCUUUUUGUCAUUUAUACCAUUUUAG